UUUCUUCUCUAACGAGUGUAUAAUUUAACACCAGUAAUUUAUAUGUAUUUACUCAAAAUAUUUUCUGUCGACGUUAAUAACCUCAGAGAGGGACCUCCUAAGCGUGUCUUUAAAGACUCGAAGCAUGAUUGUGCGAUCGGACGGAUCGGACUGUCAUUCAAUUAUUUCCUGAAUGCAGCCAGGCGAUCACCACUGUUUUGCUUCAUUGUGACAUUUUAUUCAGCCGUUAUACAGUAUUUGGUACUUCGAAGGUUGUUCAAUGUUUGGUUGUUUUAUAAUGGCAAAUAGGAAGAGGGCAGUCGGGGACGAGGUAUAGCUGAUGCAUCAUCACCACCAGAACCAGCGAAAUUGGAAAUCUGGCUGGCCCUCGGAAGAUUAUAACUCGGAAAAUAAUAAACUCAUCACCAGUAGCAACAUGGAUGCUUCUCAAUAUCCUGGCUACCCUCCUCACUAUUGGUAUCCACAGUCUCACUCUACCGGUCAUUAUGCAAACACCUAUCCUGCUGGGUCAGAAGUUCAACCACAGUACAAUCCACAGCAUGUCAUGCCUGGAGGUUAUCCAAAUGGCCAUGGAGUCUACAGCCCACCACAGACGCAGUAUUCAAGUGGUUUCCACCCAUCAAAUCCUUUCUACUGUGCUGACACUCAGCGAUCUGCACCCGGACCCUAUCCAAAUCUAGGCUGUCCUGCAGAACAAAGCAGUGGCCCCUCUGGGCAACCACAUUCCCAGCAUCAACAACAUCACUAUCCUGGACCACACUGUCAAGGGGGUCCAGGAUAUCCUCCUGGAGCUUAUCCUCACUACAGUGACGGUGGCCACCCAAUGCCUUCAAACUCACCAUAUCCCACUGGCCAACCAGUUCAGAGCCCACCUCCUGAAGCUUGGACACACUCUGGUGCAUAUGCCCCUCCACAGCAGCAAUGGCCUCCAGGUCAACAGCCUCCACAAAAUCCAUAUGGAAAUCCUGUUCGUCCUCCUCAUCCACCAGCAUGGCCAGGCACUGGCACUGGUGCACCCCCACCAUACCAGCCCAAGGAGCAGCGUCCACCACCUGUUGGACCAAAACCCAAGAUGACUCAAAAUUCUUCCAAUGGGAAACCUGCUGAGAUAUGUUCUCCACCUCAGAUGUACAACAGACCCAAUCAGAUUGAGUCCUCUGGUCCAAACCAGACCCCAGCUCAAAGCCAGUCUCCUGCCCCAGGCCAGCCCACCCCUCAGCCCCUGAGUGAUAACCCCAGUCUGGCUAAGGUCCAGCAGGUCAUGGCCAGAGUGCUGCUACUUCAGGAGGAUGUGGAUGAGUUUGUUGGCAAAAAAACUGAUAAAAGUUAUCGAUGUUUGGAGGAACUGCUUACCAAAGAGCUACUGGAGUUGGACUCGGUGGAGACUCAGGGACAAGAAAAUGUUCGUCAGGCAAGAAAGGAAGCUGUCCAGAGGAUCCAGGCCAUUCUGGACCAACUGGAAAAGAAAGCUUUCUGAGCUGGACUCAUUCUUAUACUGUAUAUUGACAAUUGUUCCUUAUAGAGAUAUCUUUUAUCCUAAUCAACCCUGCAAUUAAAUGGGUAAUGGUUGAGUUGGAUUAAAAUAAUACAAGGUUAAGGCUCCAACCUUCCUCUUAGAGUUGCAAUUAGAUAUGCAAUAUUAAUGUGUGCAUAUCUAAUGUUAAUAUCAGUCACUCAGAUUUGAGUGGAGGUGCUGAUGACAACAACCUGUCACAUCUCAUACUCUAUCCAAAGCUUUGCCAGCAUAAUGUAGAGCAGUGAAAGUGGUGCCUAGUGCCACACAGCAACUGUUGUUUUACCUGUGACACAGAAUCAGAUUGUCAUCAUUGUGUUUCCUCAGGACUAUAACACGCGCACUUCCAGUGGAUUGGACAACUGAUUGCAUGAACCUUCUAGUUACUGACCUACAGUCAGAACAUGUAGCUGACCAUUAACAUAAUUUUUCUAUGUUUAGGUGCAAGUUGUUACCUUCACAUGUGCUCCCAGUCCUGCAUGCUCUACAGUAGUUCAACACCAUGGUUCAACUAAUUCCAUUUCUAGAAAAAUAAAUAGGCCAUGAGUGUUGCUGAUGAAACCCCCUAAAGAGCCUGCCUGUCCUAUAUAAGAUACAGAUUUAGACAAAAUCAGACCUCCAAAGAAUACCGCCAAUAACUGUUAUUUCUAAAAUGUCAGAUAUCUAAGUAUGCAGGUUUCAGUAACUUCAUUUUCUCAUUAGGCAGAUGUAAAGCAGGUAUUUCAGUCAUUAUAAAUUUGAGUGCCAUAUUUGUUGGAAUAGUUUAAGUAAUUAAAAUAAAAACCACAGCUUUGCAUGAAUCUA